AUGGCUGCUCCUUUCACAAUUUAUACUGCGUUCGACCGGCCUGACCUUCUCAAUGCAUUGGACCAAUCUGACCAUCCACUCAAUCAGUUAUGGCCAGAGUUCCUCGACCAAGAUCUGACCUUCCAGUUCUUCAGUCGCUUCCUAACUCGUCUUAAACCACUCGCUCGAUUUCAAUUUCUUGCUGUUGAGACCGACUCAGCAACAGGCAAUGAGUCUGUUAUUGGUUUAGCCCGGUCUAUUCCAUUCUUCUGGCCUGAUAUUGCAACAAUCUCAUCUGUCGACUCGCUAUCACUUUCGCAAAAUCCCAAGAUUCUCCAAUCUCUUCCAGAUGGUGGCUACGAUACUAUUCUAGCUCGGGGCGUACAGCAAUGCCUAGCUCGCGAAGGCCAACUCAAAGAGCCCUUGGCCCUCACACUUGAUCAGCUCCAAGACUCAGCCAUCUGUCGACGCCAAGACCCGCCCAAUGCCAUGUCUGCCUUGUCUAUCACAGUUCACCCAGAUCGACGCAAGACGGGGCUAGCUGAGGUGUUCAUUCGUAAAAUGAAGGAAACAGCUGUUUCCGAGCAACUACAAGCCCUAGUGGUUCCGUUACGCCCCACACUCAAAUGCGAAUAUCCACACAUGGACAUGUCUUCCUAUAUCAAUUGGCCAGUCACUGAUGGUUGCCCCGUGACCAAUAGGGUGAUGAGACCCGUGAAAACCAUGUGCAUGCAAGGCGCCAAUCUACCAUUCGACCCGUGGCUACGAAAACACCUCCGCUUGGGUGGCAAAGUGAUCAAGGUUGCCAAAAAUAGCAUGACUGUGCGCGGAACAGAUGCUGAAUGGCGACAGUGGACGGACGUGAACUUUGAGGACCUUGCCCAAUUGAGCCCUGACUGCCUGGAGGAGAAUGAUUACAUCGAUGUGAUUAUACCGUCAGGGUUAGUACCGGUGCAAUACUCUCGACAGGAGAAGAUCGGCAUCUAUAAGGAGCCCAAUGUGUGGAUCUUGCAUGAACUGGGGAAGUUUGAAUAA